AUGAGUCUUAUAUAUAAGCAUCAUCUAAUAUUGCCUGAAUUCAAGUUGAAUGAAACUAUCCCUUUUCAAAACUCUCAAUCCAAUAACAACAGUACUCUAAAGUCAUCUCAAAAGACACUGACAACUUAAAGGGCGCUCUAAGAAAAAAUACUUCCAGUUUAACACAGUCUAAUUGAGAAUAAUGAUUUCAGUUUACCUCCUAUUAGAAAAGCCAAUUCCAACGAAAGACCAAAGUUACCUCUAUCAACCAUCAGAUCAAAUGCAUCUGAUGAGAAAACCAUCAAAGAUUAUUUGGAUCAUCUUAAUACAUUGAGAUCAUAAAAAAACACACAGAGACAAACCAAAUUCAAAAAGGUGAAAACAGAAACAGAAAUUGUACAGUAUGGAGAUUUGAAGUUCAAGAGAGUCAAGGAAAAUACCUCAAAGAAAUCAAUUGCUGUAUUUCUUAAUAUUAAAAAUCCACAAUCUUAAUCUUAUAUCAAAUUUAGUUAACAGAUCUAUGAACUGAAUCAUAAUCUUAGCAAAUUAAAAGAUUACAUCAAUAAUGAUAGAAAGUUAUUUUAAGUAAUUAAGUAACUUAUCGGAUUGAGAAAGAAUCUUCGUAAAGUGAUGUUAAAAUAGAAUGGGGAUGAGUUGAUUGACUUUUAAGAUAUAAGUAAAAUGUGUUGUGUAAGAGAGAUUCAAUAUGUAUUCGGAGAAUAGAAAGUAGUGGACAAGUUUGAUUUAUCAUUAUAUGAUGAUUUAGCAUAUUUAACAGACAUGAUAGGGAAUCUAUUAUUAUAAAAUGAGAUCCAAUACAUUAAUCGUAUAAGUGAAAAUAUUACAAAAGAAACCUAGUAAGUUCAAAAGAUUCAAUCUGAAUUGGGAAUGGGUGAAGAUGAAUAGAAGUUAUCUGUCCAAACUCUGCCGAUGAAACGAUUCAAAAUUCAUGAUGAAAUUGAAUAAAUCGAAUAAAAACUAGGACCUAUGCAACUGAUAUCCAAGUAAGUAAGGCAGACAUCAAUGGUUUUAAGUAAAGUAAUUAGUGGUUUAAAUGAUUGA